CAAAAGCGACGAACGGGCGGACGGGAAGGCAGGCGCUGGAGCGGCUCCUCCGCCUUGCCAGCCACACAAUCCCCGCCCCGGGCCCGCGGAAUAAGAGCGCGGGGCGGGGCGGCCGGCUUCUCCUCUCUGGCUCGCUCGCCGUCGCAGCGUCGCCGGCGGCCGGGACGCGGCCCCUCAGGCCCCGGCACCCUGGAAGGCAGGCUAGCCGAUUCAUAUUUAAAAUGGAAGUUGACAUUAAUGGGGAGUCCAGGUCUAUCCUAGCUACUCUCCCGUUGCCUAUUGCUGAUGUGAGUGCCACCGGCAAGGCCGAGUCCGAGAAACCUCGCUGCUCCAGCACCCCAUGUUCUCCGAUGCGCCAGACUGUUUCAGGCUACCAGAUCCUCCACAUGGAUUCUAACUAUUUGGUUGGCUUCACGACAGGGGAGGAGUUGCUGAAAUUAGCUCAGAAGUGCACUGUAGGGGAGGAGAACAAAGUCGAAGCGGUAGUGCCUACUUUGCGUUCCAAACAGCUCGAUUCAGGACUUUCCCGCUCCUCCCGGGUGUGUAAAGCCAGAAGCAGGUACUACCAGCCUUACGAGAUCCCGGCGAUCAAUGGCCGGAGAAGGCGGCGGAUGCCCAGCUCAGGGGAUAAAUGCACCAAGCCACUACCUUGUGAACCCUACAAGGCUUUUCACGGUCCUUUGCCUCUUUGCCUUUUCAAGGGUAAAAGGGCUCACUCUAAAUCCCUAGACUACCUCAAUCUGGACAGAAUGAAUAUCAAGGAACCAGCCGACACAGACGUACUUCAGUAUCAGCUCCAACACCUCACCCUAAGAGGGGACCGUAUGUUUGCUCAGAACAACACAUGAAGAUAAAUUGCCCUUGGCUCAUCUUCGCAUCAAAAAGCUCUUUACAAGGUGGACAAGCCAUGCACGGGGUUCUUGGCUGCAGCAGCAAAGUGUUACCAGACCGCUGUUUGUAUGAGUAAGAUUAUGAAGAUAGCAUGGGGUGGAAAUCACGUGGAAGGAACUACUUGGGAAUUCUGUCUGCAGAUAUCUUUAGAACAGUAUAACAAACGGGGGGUUUUGCACAUGGAUACCUGGACUUGUGACGAUAUAAAUUCGGAAAUCGGUGUACUAUGACUUCUGUUUCUAACUGGACUCGCUGUAAGAAAUUACUCAUGGAUAAGCACUGAACUACACUCUUACUUAAUACUAAGCAUAUGUGUGUAAAUGUAAUGACUUUUGCAUCAUAGGAAAAAUACGUUUGAGUAAGCCCAUGUGCUCUUUAAAAGAAUCCAGUUUACAUUUGCCGUAACUGGUUUUGCACUGGGGAAAAAACAAAAAAAAAAAAAUCAAUGAUGAAAUUAAGCCUGAGUACUUAAGUUACUACAACUUUUAAAAAAAUGUAAUUGAAUUACUUUUCAAGUUCCACAUUGAUUUCAUUGUAAUUAAAACAAAAACAAACUUCAACUGUUUUGGAGAAAAAUGGAAUAUUGGAAGGAAAACUGAUUUUAAUUUAGUUUUGUUUGUUUCUUUAAAAAAAAGUUGUCAACACCUACAUGAGGAUCUUUAUGUUGUGUAUAUACAUCGUGAACAGCUGCAUCUGCAUCUGCAGUAUACAAAUACUAGUUUAGAUUCUAGAACUACCAUAUUACAUUACUAUUGUUGCGGGGAGGGUCUUGCUAGACCACAUUUUAGCACUGCACCUGAACAUUCCAGUUUAUUUACAGCACUGAAUACUACUUUUUAAACCUGGAUUUGGGUUUGUUCGUUUGUUUUUUAAAAAAGCCUUGAAGGCUUUUACUGGAUUAUGAAUCAUGUCGAAUGCACUGAUUUAAAAUGUUUCUUUGAAAAAUCAUGUCAAAAAAAAAAUACCCUAAUUUAUCUUGGCUUAACCAUAGCAUUUAAAAAUAAUGGAUAAUUUUGUUUGUUAGUCUCUUUAGGAUGUGCAGUUUAUUACUGAAGCAGUGUACAACCAUUUAAUGUUUUUGAUCUGUAAGUUAUUUAGAAGUGAAAGCUUCAAUUUUGAAGAAAUUGACUGUGAAACAAAAUCAUUUAAAAAUAAUAAUAAUAAUAAUAAUAAUUCCUGGCAUUGUUCUGACUUUUCUGAGUAGAAAGACAGGGUCUCUUGGGAAGAAUUGGAGAAGGGAGCACAUGCUUUGGAAAACUAGGCUUUGUCUCAUCUUUGACACCUUUCCCCCACAGUUAUGUCGAACCUGCAGAAUCUGUCAAAAGAUUUUGUUUAACUUUGAGGGAGCGCUAGUAAUUAUUACAACUUGCACCGUUAUAUUGUAGUGAAUAAUGAUUUCUUAAGGAACUAUUCCUACAUAGCUUUUAGUUUGACCAGAAGAAUACCGUCCAAUGCCAAAGAGGGUUUUUACACUUAUUGAUUAAACAUUAUUUAUUGAUUUUACCCUGUGGAACAACAUUGUUGACUAUGAAAUAAAAAGGAUGACGUGCAUACUUUUA